ACCUUCAUUGACGUCAUUUUCUUGAUAUAUUUCUGCAAUAAUAUUUCUGACAUAAAUUAGUCUAAAUUAGUCACUAAUUACAUAUUACAAUUAAUUUCUACUAGUUUCACCUGUUUAAAUGAAGUAUUUUGAAGAUUAUUUUUUAAUUAACCUUAGAUCUUUUAUGCUAUUAAUGUCAUCUUUUAUAGGUAAAGGAAAUAUAUAAUGAUUACAAAAAGUAUGAAUACGUUUGGAUAUUAGGCAUACUGAACUAUAAUUAUUGUUCAAAUAGUAUUUAUGCGAUAGCAUUCAUUGAAUAGUGCUAUGAACUGCUACUAAUGAUAGUAACUAGACGUGCUACAUUUUUUAAACCAGCUGUGAAGUUUGUAAUCUGCAAAACAAAAUCGAAAAAUAUAAACAGUAGACAUUUUCAUGCAUCAAUUACAUGAAUAUAAAAUCUUUACUUUUUUAUUUUAAUAUUACAAGAUUUAUAGUGAAUUUGUUUUUGUAAUAUAAAUGACAUGAAAUUUUGCGAAUUUUCAAAUAUGCAUAGUAAACAAAGAAAUUUCUAUUACAAUUAUUUCAUACCAUUCAGAUGUUCGAAAUAAAGUAGAAAUAUUUUGAUUAUCAAUAUAUAACAGAUUUUCUCGUAAGUUGAUAUAUACUUUUCAAAUCAAAUUUUAGCUAAUUUUAAAUUAUUUUCUCUACUUAAUUUGCAAUACACUAAUGGUAAGAACUUUUAUUUAAGAUAGAAAUACACUUACGUAAUAUUAUUUCAUUAAGGAGCAUAACUUGUUACAUUUAAUUUAAAACUUCAUAAAAUCAUUUUUCAUUUAAAAGUCUAAAUAUUGAAACAUAAAAAAAUUAUGGAUGAAAAGACUUAUAAAGAAUAUAAACGAAGAAUUCGUGAAGCUGUAGCUACAAUCGAUAAUAAGCCUCCAAAGUUCGAAAUAUCCUAUUACUAUAAAAAACAUCAUUUAAUUCUUGAUGCAAAUCGAAUAAAAGAAUUAGAUAGAGAAAAUAUGGAAUUGUUGAAAAGGAUGAGCAUAAUUAGUCGUAGUGGAGGAAAGGUUGACUGUUGGAUGACAUGUACUAAAUAUACAUCUAGAUUAGAAAAUCAAGAAGCUAAAAACAAAAUGAUUAUGAAAUUAAAUAAAUCUUUAUUAAAAAAUAUUUACAAUGUUAGGAGUAACUAUCCUACAGGAGAAUUUAUAAAAAAUUGGAAAGCAACGAAAAAGAAAGUAGCUCGGGAUAAAAGAUUUGCUCAAGAAUUUCAAGCUCAAAUUGCAGUGCCUCAUGUAAAUAAAGAUCAUUGCAUGGUCAAAGAUUUAUCAUUAAUGAAAGAACUAAAUGCUUCUAUUCGAACUAGAUGCUUUUUCGAAAUAGAAAUUCAGAAUAACAAGCAAAAGUUAGGAACCAUACAAUUAGAGCUCUAUGACGAUGUUGUUCCACAAACAUGUGCAAACUUCAUUGAACUAUGUCGUGGGACAAAACAUGGAUUUUCAUAUAAGAGCACACCAUUUCACCGUAUAGUUUCGGGUUAUUGGUGUCAAGGUGGUGAUGUGACAAAGUUCAAUGGAAGUGGCGGAAUUUCCGUUUUUGAUAAUACAUUUGAAAAUGAAAAUUUUAAUUUAUGUCAUGCAGGUCCAGGAAUAUUGUCCAUGUGUAAUGAUGGGAAUAAAAGUGAUUCUAAAUUCAAUCUUACUUUUAGACGUUUAGAAACAAUGGAUGGAAAACAUGUAGUCUUUGGAAAAGUUAUUUCUGGAUUUUCAAAUAUUUAUAAAAUCGAAGAGUUUGGUACAAAGACAGGAAAACCUAUUAAAACAAUAAUUAUUUCUAACUGUGGUAUAGUAUCAAGAAAACACAACUGGUAUCCUGUAGAAGAAAAGUAUAUGUAUAAAUAAAAUUUCUAGAAAAUUUUAAUAACGUAAAUUGUGGUAUCCCUCUUUGAACAUAAAGUGUCUGAUACUUUUCUUCCAUUAAAUAAUAUUUUAACUACAUAUUUUCAUAACAGAACAUUGUUCAUAACAUUGCAAUUUACAUAAUAUAUGAAAAUACAAUCUAUUAAUUAUACAUAUAUAUUAUUAUUACGAUACAGUUUAUAUAACAAAUAUAGCAUUGAAUUUAUAAAAUUGUGUACAAAAUGCAACCAUGCAAUUUCUAUCAUAAAAAUAUAUUAAUAUUACAAUUAACCUAGAUUUUUCUUAAAAAUGUAAACAUUUCACUGGGGUGUAGCUUUUUAUACAUAAAGACAUUAUAUAACAAAUAUAUUUUUACACAUGUAGUCUAAGUCAAGAAUUAAGUUUAGCAAUUGAAGAUGUGUAGAAUAAGGCACUUUGACUUUUAAAUAAUUUUGCAGUUAUAUAAAGAAAGAUGACUAUUAGUUCAAACAAGCUAACUCCCACAAUAUGUGUACCAACAUUUCCUCUGUAACAAUUA